UUUAAACCCAAAACCUCACCGUUAUCCAAAUCUCACCCCUUUCUCUUUCCAUUUCAAUGGCCGCUUCUCUCAAGCUCAGUCCCUCCUCCUCUCCUCCUCUCCUUCUAAACCCUAAAUCUAGAUCCUCUCCUCAUCUCCUCAAACCCUUCCCCUCUCCGCCCCUCUCCUCUCCUCGGUUCUCCUCGCUUAAAAGAUCCAAUCUUUUUGAUCGGAGGGGCCUAGGGUUGCUUGUCCACGCCGUCAAGAACGAUGGAGGAAUGGAUCCGCGGUCGCCGGCGCCGGAGUAUCAGUCGGGAGGGGAGAGUACGAUGCCGGAGAGAUUCCGGUACCUCACCAGAGAGGCGCCUGAUCGGCCGGUGAGGUGGCCGUGGGUAAUUGCUUUAUUCUUCCUAGUUUAUUGUUGGCGCACUGUAUUAUGGGAACUCAGUAAUUGGAAGAAAGCUGCAUUGGCAAUCUUACACUUCUUCGGUUACUUAUCCAAGCUUGCCCUGGCAUUUGUAUUUCAUUUCAUUGGUGAUCCAAUCACUGGAUUUAUAAGAAUUAUCGAGUCCUCUCUCUAUCUUGUUCGUGACAUCUACUUUAGCAUUAUAGCUUUUGCGCCUGUUCCAGAACUGACAAGAAUUAUCUUAUUUGCGUCAACGAUAUUGGCCAUUGGUGAAGCUACAGUCCCUGAUUCAGUGAACAGUCAACCGUAUCUUCUCACUUUAGCUGGGAUUAUUGGGUUUGGGGCCGUUAAGGGGGUUAUUCUUGAGCCAUUCUUUUGGUUAUUUCUUGUUGGUAUAUUCUGCUUCUCUCGGUUUAUUAAGAAGAGAGAGAGUACAUCAGCAGCUCUCCCAUCUGCGGCUGUUUUGGCUGCUAUUGGGGAGCCUUGGGUGAGGGGUUUAACUAUGGUUUCUUACCUAGCCCUUGCUAUUGUUCAGAAUUCUAAGUCAUCAGAAGAGGCUGUAAAUGUUGAAGUUUCAUUGAAACAGAGGAAGCUUCCGCUGCCACUUCUACUAGCUGCUUUAUCUAUUGGUAUUCAUGUUGCUGCUAAGUGGAUUAGAUACCGGCACUUGAGGUGGAUGAUAGCAUAGUUAAUAGGCUGGGGAUUAUUUUUUGUUCUUUAGGUAAUGUAAUAUGGUGAAUCAUCUGAUCAGAAUCAUGCCAUACGAAUAUGUUGGUGUGUGCUUUGUUGUUUUUAGCAUUAGAAUGGUACAAAUUCCUUGAAGAGGUUCCUAUUAUUUUCCGAAAUUUCUAUCUUCGAAAUACUAGUAUUGCUCAGUACAGGUUUAAUCUGGCAGUUUCAAAAGCUUCAUAGUGAAAAAUGAUAUCAUUCUCAAAAUUCAUUGGAAAUCUGGGCAAGUUUUAUGAAUAACCUACUUGGCUGAGAUUGCCAUUUAAAAAUUCGGCAAUGAUCACAUCAUCUGUUGACAUACGAAGCGUCAGUGAAUUCUACUAUGGUUUACUUCCUAUUCUGGUUGCUGUCUACAAGCAUUAGCAUGGGUUACCCUCAGGUGGCUCAGAGCAUCGGAGGGCCGUAGGAUGACGGGGUUAUUGUAUAAUCGCCGUCACAUGAGUUACUAGUAGAGACUCCACAGUAGAGUUAUUUCCAUUCGGACAUUAGAGUUUUGUAUCACAUUUUGUAAAGGCUAUGAGCCUUAGUUACAUUUUCAGUUGUUUCAUGUCGAGACAUAUUUAUUUAUUUCGGAUGUCAGAUGUAUUUCAGAUUGUUCACUGAGACAUGAUUUAUUUAUGAGAUACUCUUUUCUA